CCCCUCUCUCCUCUACGUUGUUUUCCCGCCUGUCCUUUUAUGGUAUGGGGAUACCCGCCGUCACAACCGGAAGCAGUCCAUGUUUGGGCAGCUGCGAAGCGGCGCGGCGGGGGGAAUCCCUCGCGCCGGCUCCGACCAAUCAGGCCUUGCCGGGAGUUACCUAGGAGACGGAGAGUAUAAAACGGGCGGCGGGUACAAGGAGCUCAGCAUCUUCAGCUUCACCGACUAACGGAACAUCACCGGCGGCUCCGCUAACGGAUUAACACCGGCCACAGGGAAUCCCCGAUACCGCCACUUUAUCCAGCCUGACUCUGUAAUCAGUCAGGCUCUUUUCGCGCCACUCUUUCACACGCAAUAAACCUGCAGACACUUUUUCACGCAAUGCUUCUGGAGCGCGAGGACAGCUUCAUGUCGGAGUUUGAGGACGCGUGCAGCGCGUGGGUGGACAGUGUGGGCUCGAGCCCCAGCGACGGGACCGACUCUGACGUGGGGUCACCUUUUUGCCAAGUUUUCUCUCCGGGAACUGACGCCUCUGACUCAGACUUCUUCUCUGACUUCAGCGACUGCUCCUCGGACACGCUCUCGCCCUCCCUCGGCUACAGCGGCAGCUUCUUCCCGGAGCCGGAGCCGUCACUUGCGGCAGCGGGGCUGAGCAGCACCGCGGACGCGAUCCUCAACAUGAUCACCGAGAUCGUCGGGAUCUGCACCGACAUGGAGCAGCAGGGCGACGCCGGCUCUCUCCGCGAGUCCAGCCCAUCCUCUGCGGCGCCCUCCGCGGCCACUGCCUCUCCUUCGCCGCAGCUCUUCGCUCCAGCUCCCGGCCCUGACAUGAGCGUCCCUCCCCUGGCCGCAGCCCAGCAGCUGCCUCCCGCCUCCAUCUCACAACCGGUGGUGGUGAAGAGCGAGUUCGUGACUUCCAGCUGCAGCAGCGGCUGCGGACAGUCUUCCAUGAGCGGGAACGAUGCUCUGUUCCCGGCCAGCGCCGACUCUCUCCUCCCGCUGUCGGCUCUGGAGCAACAGGUGGAUGUGGCUGAUUUCAUCGAGUCUCUGCUGAGCUCCGAGGCCGGCCAGGGCGAGCUGAAGCCCGGCUGUGAGGUGAAGCAGGAGCCGCUGGGGCUGGAGGAGUGGCUGAAGAGCUUACCGGCUGCCCAGGUUACCGGGGGAGAUUCUAGCAGCUACGUCAUCAGCAGACCGGUAGUCAAGACGGAGCUCGUGCAGAGCGGGAGCGACCUCCACUUUUCCCCCGCCCCCCUCCCCUCCACCCUGGAUGCCCAUCUCCUCUCCUCCCUCCUGCAGGGCGCGUUCCCGAUAGUCAACAUCAGUAACGGGCACGCGGCCGGAGCCCCCAAACUGUCCCGCGGGGGCAGGAGAGCUCCCGCCAAGAACGGCCUGAAGGUGAAGCCGUUCCCGUGCUCCGUGCAGGGCUGCGAGCGCCGCUUCUCGCGCUCGGAUGAGCUGAACAGGCACGUGCGCAUCCACACGGGCCAGAAGCCCUUCCAGUGCACCAUCUGCGCACGCAGCUUCAGCCGCAGCGACCACCUGACCACGCACACGCGCACGCACACCGGAGAGAAGCCCUUCUCGUGCGACGUGUGCGGCAAGCGGUUCGCGCGCAGCGACGAAAGGAAGAGGCACGGGCGCGUGCACGUCAAGCAGCAGCUGCGAGCGCAGAUGAUGGCCGCCUACUCCCUGGCCCUGAACGCGCCCGGCGUCUAAAACAGCAGCGCGAGCUCCAGUUCCUUUUGGCCGGCGAGGCUGCUGCGGAGGAUUUGAACCGUCAACCGGAAAGCGUCAGAGUGACGUUUCCAUGUGACGUCUCACUGACGGCGAUUUUAGCUGAAGCCCCGAAGAAGAAGGAGUGGCAGGUGUUUCCAGGUGUUCAGAGGACUUUAGUCCAGGUCUGAAGGUGCACGUGGACAUCAGGGUCCACUGCAGGACUGUGGAGGAGGAGGGUGUGGGGGGGUGGAUGAAAGACUUCCUGCCCGGGUUCAGGUCUGAUCCUGGACCAGCCGGUGGUUUACCUCCUGAUCAUCACGGUGCUCUGAACUCUUACAGGCUGUUUAUUACAAAGCUUCUCUGUCGUGACUCUGAAUGUUCCUGUCUCCACUGAGGUGGGCAGGUGGGCAGGUGGACAGGUGGACAGGUGGGCAGGUGGACAGGUGGACUUUAAAGGAGCGGUCCGUCUGAAGGAAAGUUCUGCUGUAACAUACGACUUUAGUUCUUGUGCAUGAGGAUGUGAACAGUGAAGAAACUCUGUGAAUGUGACGUCAGAAUGUCGUGUUUCGUUGAACUCAGAUAUUUUUAUGUCAAACCUUUAUAUUUGACAAAUGGAGGAGUUCUAUGUUUGUGAUAUAAAUCUAUUUUUCUAGACGGUUGUCUACCUCUUCCUGUGCCGCUGUUUUACAACCAGAGUGUAUAUUUGUAGAGGAGGAGUCAGGUUCCUCCUGUGAUGUCACUUUUCUAUGACAUGAUUGUAAAUCCUCGUCAUGGACGCUGAAUGAACUUUGUUCUAGAAUUUUCAUUCUGUCGAGUCGGGGCGGGUGGGGCUCGGUGUCCAGGUGUGAAGAUCAAACGCACCUGCUCAGUGUGAGCUGAGCUCUCAGUAGCACACAUGGCUGUGCAGGUUUAUUGUUCCCUCGUUCUGCAUGGAGGCUGCUGCUGUCAAUAAACAAACAAACAAACUGUA